AUGGCCGCACCUUCGCGGCUGGAUUACUGUGUCACGUCAAUUUUACGUGUCCCUUCGGGAUUGCGAGAGGAGGAGUUGGUAGCUGAUUAACUCGUGCGUGAUACUUAUAUUGGUUAGAAAUUAAAUUCGUGUUUAAAAAUGAUCUGAUCUUAAUGAUCACAAAAUGAAUUGUCAUCAAAUAUUAAGCGGGGCCUGCAAUGCAGGCGACCGCUGCUACGCUGUCGGUUCUGUCGAGGGAAUAUCUUUCACGGCAUACGCUGCUGGUUGCAACAUUGUCAUUUUGGCUAACAAUUUUGAGCGUGUACAAAUUAUACCAGGAGCUGUACACAACUAUAUUAGGAUUAGUUGUUUGGACUGUAGUACGGAUACAGGAAAGAUUGCUGCAGCUUAUGAAAAUCAAGUCUGCAUAUUUGAGCCAACGCCAUUGAUACAUAGUACUUGUUCACAUCAAUUGGAAUAUCGUUGGGUUCAAACAGGAAGUUUACAAACAGAAUCUAAUAUCAGUUCUUUGUCAUGGAAUUUAGAAGGAACGAGACUAUUGACAGGUGGCGAACUUUUGCAAUUAUGGCAUCAAAAUAUUAUGCCAUUUCAAGAAGAGCAUACUACAAAGGCAAAAGCGUUACAGUCGGAAGAAAAUACUAUGAGUGGAAAUGAUCAAAAUGUUACCACACACUCUUCCCAAGAUCCUGGAGCAGUGACAUUCUCUAUUGGAGGUGAAGCUGAAAGUCCUGGACCUGGAGAUUCUAAUAAUGCUAAUGAUCCAGGUGCAUGGAAUUGUGUAUGGAAAUGUCGUACAGCUACACCAGUACAUCUUAUGAGAUUUAGCCCAGAUGGGACUUUAUUCGCAACAACAGGGAUGAAUGACAGAUUAGUCAAAAUUUGGUUUGAAAAUAAACAAAUUUUUCCAUUGCGAAGUGUAGAUCAAUCAAAUUUUUCUCAAACAUUAUCAAGUGAUAGUUACAGUUUCGUAUACGUAGCACAUCCACGUGCUGUAACUCAUUUGUCAUGGAGAAAAACAAGCAAAUAUAUGCCCAAAGGCUCAGUAUCUAACAUGUUGGUAACUUCAUGCCGGGAUAACAUUUGUCGAGUGUGGACAGAAACCAUACCACCUGAAAUAGAAGGUUUGGCUAAUAUGAGUCAGUUCGAAGGUUCUGAUAGACAUGGACAUCAUGGGAAACAUCGCCAUCAUAAUAUGCAUAAACAUAGAUUUAUGCAACGACUGAAACAUAUGAAAACAUGUUUUCAUAUUCGUCGCCAUGCUAAACAACAACAUCAAGCAGGCCAUGCGGCACCUACUUUGCCAACUUUACCUUCAACGUAUUCUGUGCAUGACUUUCAUAAUAAUUAUCAAAGUUCUGGCCACUAUCCAGGCAUGCACUUCCACUUAGCAGCUAGCAUUAAUGCAGAGACUGAUAUUCCAUUAGUACCAAGUUUAAUAACUGGAGAUCCUGAAAGAGAACCAAAUUUCAUUUUGCAUUGGCUUAAUAACAAAGAAAUGCAUUUUACUAUGCAAGCUGAAAGUAUUUUACAAGAGCUUACACGAAAGGUAGUAGAAAAGGAAGAGGGAUUGCAACAACAAGAAGUUGAUCAUAUAGAUCAUGAUUCAGAGGAUGAAUAUACAUUAAGAAGCAUCUUAUCCUGUUAUAUGCUCUAUGCAGAAAAAGGAAAUCGAUCGCAAAGUGCACAGAAGCAAGGUGUUGGUGGACGAUCUGCUAGUCAGGAAGAUCAUAGCAGUGAUGAACAUCAUACUACACAUACUACUUCCUCUCAUCAUAGCUUGGCUCAUAGUGCACAUUCUCAUCAAAGUCUUAGCAAUACUACAUCUAUAAAUUCUAUUGCAACAGAUGCAACAUCUUCAAUGAAUCAUGCACCAGAUUCGUUAGAUACAAAAAUAGAAACAUUAUUAAGAGACUGGCAUCAUAAUCCAGAUUUGCUUUUCUCAAUUCAUCCUAUAGAUGGAAGCUUUUUGAUAUGGCAUAUUGAAUGGUUAGAUGAAUAUCAUCCUGGUUCAUUUAGACAAGCACAGAUUUCAUUUUCCACACGAAUACCAAAUGCAUUUCCUCUUGGUGAUGCAUCUACUAUGAGCCACAAUGUAUCCAUGUAUUCUCAUAAUACUGGAGGACCGUUACUAAACAUUCGAGAAGUUGCAAAAUCUUCAACUAAACCUACAGAUCAAAUUUUUAAAGCUGCUGAGAUAACAACACCAUUACCAAGCCUUAUUGAACAAGAUGAAGAACAAUCAACAUUAACUUCAAGAGCAGGACAAGAAUUAUUGAAUAGUGUGCAACAUGUUGAUCAAGGUCAAAAUAAAACAACUUCCACAGGUGUUAAUAAUGCAGAGAGUGGAAAAAAUCAAGAGUUAAAUCAAGUUAAUGAUUUAUUAACACAUCCUAGCCCAAUGGUAUCAAUGGUGUCAAAACACUCUAAUGGAACAUUAAAUCUUUGGCAACUUACAUUUGCUGAUAAAACGAAAUUCUCUCAGGUGUUAAGUAUAGGUCAUGCAUGUAGAGCUUCUGGACAUCGUUUCCGAGUAAAUGACAUUACUUGUCAUCCUGUUCUUCCAUUGUUGGUAACAACUUCACAUCAUAAUAUACCUGAGUUUUCUAAUACUUGUUCUCAAAAUGCAGAUACUACAGAACAUGUAGAUCAUAAGCAGGAUGUGAAUAAAUCAAAAGAUAUGCCAUCAGCUAUAUGUAUAAAUGGUUUCUGCAGUGAAUUAAUUCUUUGGAGAGUAGAUGCUGUAGGACCUUUAUCUAAAAGUGGCGGAGUUUCUGAAUUAGCACGAAUUAAUUCUCCAGAAAUUUCUGCAUUUAGUAACGUUGCCUGGAUUCCAACAUUAUUACCAAGCACAACAUUAGGCAAUUUAUCUAAUUCUCCUAGUGCUUGUUUUGUUGCUAGUGAUGGGGAGUGUCUUAGAGUUUAUCAAGCUGUCAUUGAUGCUAGAACUUUGUUAGCAGAAGUAUCUAUCAGUGAAAGAAGGAGCAGAAUGAUGGAUUCAAUGGUCAGUCUCUCCACGGACAUUUCAUCUGAUGAUGGUAUUAGACAUUCUAUACAUGAUAGAAUAAAAAUAGUCUCUCAACAAUCAACAGCUAGACCAGGAUGUAUUAUACAAUUAGAUGCUAUCGAUGAUGCUACUCAUGAUUGGCAAAAUACUCAAUUCCUUCAUGUAUUCCAAGAGCAAUUAAUUACUGGCGAGAGAAGUGAUGAAAAACAAUGUGGAGUAGAUACCUCAAGUAAUGAUUUAGGUCUAAUGGAAUCGACAUUGGAUGCUAUGGUGGAUCUUCAACAAUCAGCAAUUUUUGAAGAACCAUUUUAUAUCGUGGUAUUAGAAAGAACUCAACAAGGAACAACAGUACAUAUGUGGCGUUUAGUUAUUGCAUCACAACCUGAGACAACAGGAUUAUCAGGAUCAAUGAUGUAUGUCCCAGAUUCUCAUUUAGUCCAAGAUGAAGAUGAGGAAGGUACACCCGGACGAUCUAGUCAUCAAGAAGGUAGAAGAUCUCGUAGACCAAGUCAAAAUGGAUAUAGAAGUAGACGUGAAAGUCAAGCUGAAUAUGAUACAGCUUUCCUUCAUCAUCGACAUAAUAGCCAUGUUCUUAUUACAACUACGAAAGUUUGCACUCAAGAAUUACCAUUACCAGAUGGAGUGGAGGUAAUACAUGCGGCACCAGCAGCGGGACACUUAAGUAGUUCAUCUAUAUAUCCUGCUUGUUUUGCACCAUACAUUAUUGUAACAGCGUGCAGUGAUAGUACUAUACGCUUUUGGAAAUGUAAAGUUACAAAAACUAUACCAGACAAACUUGAUUAUGAAUGGUGUGAAUGGGAGAUGGUUAGAAAAGAUCAGGAAUCUACAAUUGAUAUUACCGGUCAACCGUUAAAUAUUAGUGCAGCUUAUAGUGGUCGUAUUGCUUGUGCUUAUAAAUAUGGGAAAUCAUUUACACGUCCUACAAAAAGUGAUCCUGACUCAAGAUAUGUAAAUCUUUGUGUUGCAAUAUAUGAAUGUGAAAGUACAGGUGGCAGUGAAUGGAUUUUAGAGGAUACAAUUCAUUUGAAGAAUAUUCAUUUACCUCGAAUUCCAGUAGAUCAACAUUUAGAUCUUAGCUAUUUGUAUGAUAGUAGAUUUUUACAGAAAAAACAAAGGCUUACGCAAGUUUUACAAACUCUUAGCCACGAAGACAUAAGAUCACCAAGGAACGGCGAAAAUGGAGAAAGUACAAAAUCUAACGCUGGUUUGCUGGCAGUUCCUUCAUUCAGUACUCUUCAAUCUUUACGAAAAUCAAUCAUAGAAAAUGGUAACACGUGUCCACUGACGCAAAAACAUUUAGUUCAAUUGGAUUGGGUAUCCAAAGAAGAUGGUUCCCAUAUAUUAACAGUUGGUGUUGGAUCCAAAAUUAUGUUGUUCACACCAGUUUGCUCUGACCUUGCACAAGCAAAUAUGAAAGCAAUGAAAGAAUCUCAAAGUAGUAACAGACCAAUACUAAGAAAAACUUCAUCACUAGCACAACCACAGUUUGUAGAUGAAAUUCGAUGGAUGAAAUUAAGAAAGAUUGAAUUAACUACAGCCGAUGGAUUGCCACCUUUACCUAUGCAAAUAUCAUGGGUAAGAGAUGGUAUAUUAGUUGUUGGUAUGGAUUCAGAAAUGCAUGUUUAUUCACAAUGGAAACCAAGUCCAAAGAAAGAUUGUUUCCAUUCAAAUCUACAACAUCAGGAAUCAGAUGAAUUUCAAGCAAGUAGAAAUUUAAGAGACGAAGAUUUAAGAACCUUAGCUCAAGAAACAUCGCAACGAAGAUUGGCUAAUGUAUCAUCUAUGCCACAUUUAUCACGCGUUAGUAGUAUUAAUUUAACGAUGCUCGAUGCUAAGAAAAAACGUGGGAUACAAAAUGAGAAUGUUAGUUUCGAUUACAUGCCCGAUUAUGGUCUUUUUGAAGCAUCAAGGAUAGCUUGUCCUGUAUUACCACAAUAUCAUCCAAAACAGUUAAUGGAAUUGUUAAAUUCUGGAAAAAUUCGAUGGGUUAAAGCUAUUCUAUCGCAUUUAGUUAGAUGUAUAGGAAGUUCGUGUUCUUUGAGAGUUGAUGAUGAAAAUAUGGUUAAACAAAGAGGUGGAUGGUCUAGAUCAAGGACAAUGUCAGUCAGUUACGUUGGUACAACUUCACCACUCGAACCAAGAGGUUCAACGACUCAAAUACCAGAAGAACUUACUUUAGAUUAUGCUGAAAUCACUUCUAUAUCACCGUUACCACUUUGGACACUCUUAAUUGCAGAUAAAGAAACAAAUGCUGUUCAACAAAACGAAGACAAACAGGAUUAUAAUGAAUUAUUUGAUAGUAAUUUGGAAGAAGGUGAUUCAUUAGAUGAUAUGUUAGAUGAAGAUUAUGAUUGUUCACAUCAAAAGGACAGACGAGCUUCGGUACCAGAAAGACAAGGAAUAUCUCAUUUUGGUCCCAGACAGGGUAGAAUGUUGUCGCGUCUUUUAACUCAUACUCAUUUACCUGGUCUAUCUAGUCUUGAUCAAAUGCAUCUUCUUGCAUUAGCUGAUACCGUGUCAACAUGUAAUGUUGAUUUUGCAGAACGUUUUGCAAUAGAUGCAGCUAAAAAUGCAAUUGCAAAGGAAAAUUUAACAGGUAUACCCGAUGGCGAAGCAGUUUCUAUGGAUUCAUUGGACGACUGUGGGCUCAGAUUCCUUUUGGCUAUGAAACAUUAUAAUUAUUUAAUACGUUGUCUUCCAUUGGCACAAAGAGCACAAUUCCAGAAGCAAGGUAUUUCAUCUAAUAACCUUGUAUGGGCUUUUCAUUCCGAAUCUGAAGAAGAAUUGCUAGGAUUAAUUCCAUCAUAUGCAAAGGGACAGCCCAAAUGGUCUGUAUUAAAAGAACUUGGUGUUGGUUGGUGGAUUAGAAGUAAUAUUGUGUUAAAACGAUGUAUCGAUAAGAUCGCUAAAUCGGCAUUUCAACAAAAUCAAGAUCCUUUGGACGCUGCUAUUUAUUAUUUAGCUAUGAAGAAAAAGAAUUUAGUAUGGGGAUUAUUUAGAAAUAAAAAAGAUGACAGAAUGACCUCCUUUUUUGCAAAUAACUUUACAGAAAACAGAUGGAGAAAAGCAGCCUUGAAAAAUGCAUUUGCACUACUUGGAAAGCAAAGAUUUGAACAUGCUGCAGCAUUCUUUUUAUUAGCAGGCGCAUUGAAAGAUGCCAUUGAUGUAUGCCUGGACAAAUUAAAUGAUAUUCAACUUGCAAUGGUUAUUGCAAGACUUUACGAAGAUGACACAACAUCUCCACAUAUGAGAAGAUUGCUUUAUGAGGAAAUUUUAGGUUGCGAUAAAGACGGUCAAAAUCAAGAUAUGAACAAAUGUCAUCCUGAUCCUUUUCUACGAAGUAUGGCACUGUGGAUACUUAAAGAUCAUUCAGGAUCUCUCAAUACUUUACUUUUAACUAAUGUUGGUACUAUGCAUCCACAAUAUAAUGAUGAAUCUGACAAACCUGAGGGUGCUACAGCAAAUCCAAAUGUCUUCAAUUUUUAUGUCUAUUUACGUACACAUCCAUUAUUAAUUAGACAGUAUAUUGCUUCUACUGCACAAGAUAAAAAGAAGGGUCAUUCUGUAGUUAUAUCAGGAUUUAGUUAUGGUACAGAGGUGAAGACUCAACCAGAUAAACAUCUUACGUUAGAAGACAGUAUUACUCCCUUAGAAAGACAAUUAUAUUUCACUACUGCUCAUGCUCAUUUUAAAGCAGGCUGUCCUGCUCUUGCUCUUGAGGUUUUGUCUAAAUUACCUAGUAAAGUUAUGGAUACAAAUUGUGAAAAUUCACCUAGUCUCUUGAAUAGUCCAACCAAAUCCAGGACACAAGAUGUACAAAUAGAUACAGGGAUUAUUGUUUGGGGUGCAGAAACUAAACAAACUUCUGAUACUCAAGAAUCAGUUGCUUCUAUUGAUUGGGGAGCUACCAAUUGGUCGCAACCUAUUGUGCGAGAAACUGAAGAAUUAGUGUUGAAUUGGGACGACGAUAAUGCCGAUAACGAAGAUGGCGAUAGUCCUCCAUUAAGCAUGAAACUGGAUGGAAAUCAAAAUGGCACUGUUAAUAAAUUAGACAAAGAAGAAGAACUUGCAAAAUCAUCUGGGCAGUUAGACAUUAUGGCACAACAAUUAAAAUUUGUUGCUUGUUUAAAAAUUCUCAUGGAAGAAUUAUCAACAUUAGCUACUGGUUUUGAAGUGGAUGGAGGGCAACUUAGGUAUCAAUUGUAUGUUUGGCUGGAACGAGAAGUAGAUGCUUUGAGACAACUUUGUAAUUAUAGUGUCAAUACGGAUGGAGAUGCGAAUAAUACUUCAGAAUAUGAAGGUGGAAUGGUAGAUGAUGUACCUCCAUGUAGGGCUGGAGAACAACCAACAUUGCAUGAAAUAUUAGUUGCAGAAAAAUUAGAUUUUGAAGCUAAAGUACAAAGAGCUGCCAAAAGGAAGAAAUGGUUGAAAGCUAAUGAAACAUUGUUAAGAACAUUAUUAUCGUAUUGUUCUCUUCACGGAGCAUCCGGUGGUGGUUUAGCAUCCGUGAGGAUGGAAUUAGUACUUCUUUUACAAGAAUUACAACAGGAAAAAACUCAACAGCAAUUACUUAGUCCACUUCCUUUCCCGACUACUCUUCCUUUGUUAAGCGCGAGUGUUGCUUGUAAUAAAACAGUAGUUGCUGAUCCUGUCAGACAUUUACAGUCUUUAGCACAUGAUAUGUUACAAACAUUAGUAGAAUUACGAAAUCCUCCAAUGCCUAAUAGAAAUACAUAUUGCCGUGAAGUAUUUAUAAUGAGAGAUUUAGCAGUUGCACUUAGUGCUUGUAUUUAUCAAUCUUUAUGUGAUUCCGAUACUUUUGUUAUGAAACAUCAUCAACCAGAUAGCUUCCCGGUAGUAGCAGAAAUAGAAACAUUUUCUGGUGGUCAUUUAGUUGCUUCAAAUCGUUAUCAUCGACGAUAUUCAACGGACGAUGGAGUAUGCAUAACUACCUCACCCUCUAAGUGGCCCGGCGUUACAAAUUUACGUGCUUUAUUGGCACGCGAAAAAGAUGAAGAUACACCAAAAUUAAACAUUCUUCUUUGUGAAACUUUUGUAGCAACGUAUAUGAGUUUAUUCGUUUAUGCCUUAUCAAGCUGUGAUAGCCAUAUUUUAUAUAGACUUGUUGGUCAAUGUUUUGACAAUAGUACUUGGUCUUGUCUUUUUGGAGGUGGUGUUAAAAAAUUAUUGCGAGUAGCAAGCACGAGUAGUCAGAGUAAUAAUACAAAUGCUAUCGAGAAAGCAGAGAUUUCGAAUGAAAAUCAAAGUACUACUAGUGCCAUGUGGAAUACUAUGACAUCACUGACUAAACAACGUAUGAAAUUAAAUAUGAAAUUGUUAGGACAAUUCACAGGACAACAACCAAAUAUGAAGGAAGACAAACCAACAUACAGAGAACAAUUUGUUUCACCCCAGAUGAGCAUGGUUUCCUAUUUCCUGAUGAAGCCACGUAUAGAGAGUGAAUAUGCCGAUGAAAUUGACUACGAUUCGUCAGACUCUGCUGUAUCGGACUUAGAUUCUUCUGAAGAUGAGGAAGAUGUGUUUGAUACGAAUUCGAAGCCAAAGAUUAAACCAAAGGACAACAUAGAACAUUCUAAUCCAAACUCUCAUAGCUGGUGUAUCAUGAGAUUAGCAAUUGUUAAAAUAUUGCAAAAGCAAUUGCAAGAUUUCUUAAACGUUGCAGGCAUAGAAAUGCAAGAAUUACCUGUGAGUAGUCCAUUAAUUCAUGGCACAUUAGGUAUUGUAGCACAAUGGCAAGAAACUUUAAGGGAGGAAUUAGAGUCAAAAGGACCCGCUCCUAUAAAUUAUAUACCAGGUUGUACACCAGAUCCAGCGCCCACACCUGGAAAACCAGCUAUUCAUAAGUAUCGUGCAUUAUUAGAAAAAGGAAACACGCCUUUUAAUACCCGCAUGGCAUCCGCAGCUCCUGCAAAUCGUUUAUGGUGCUACUUAGUUAGACAAGAAUUGGUUCAAGAUAUAUUUAUAAGAGCAGUAUUUGGAAAAAGGAGAUCGUUAUCAUCUAUACUCGAUAGCAAUCAAACAGCUAUUGAUAAUUUAAAUCGAGGAGAAGAUAAAGGAGGAAGCGACAGUGGUACAACAAGCGUAGCUGAGCCUGUCAGAAUUAUUCACAAGGAACAAGAUAGUAUUAGUGCAUUUUGCCUAAAUCAGGUGAAUGGAGGAUUAAUGGCUUUAGCCACCCCUCGUGAAGUUCAGGAAAUGAAUAUAUCAUUACUCUUAGAACUUCCAUCGUGGCUAGAAGAUGAAUGUGAAUUCGAUAUAAUUAAUUUAAGUAAACAACAGGAUGCAGAAUCCGUACAACCAACUAGCUUCUUAGUUAUACAGACAGCAGCUGAUCGUCCAUUACUUGCACAAAGUCCACAAUCAAAUAGUCCUCAACCUCAGUCAGGUAUAGCGAGCCAGAGUGGCCGAGGUGCUAGUGUGAUUUUGAAGCAUAAAAUCGAUGGUAUCAGAAGGAUUUCGUCUCAUCCACUUUUACCACUGUACUUAACUGGAUCGCAAGAUGGAUCAGUCUCGUUAUGGGAAUGGGGUCAUCAAACAGCUGUUGCAACACCAAGACCACCAGGUACAUUUGCUAAAGUUACUCGCGUACGUUUUUCUCAACAUGGUAACAAAUUCGGAGUGGCUGACUCUGAUGGACACUUAAGUUUAUUCCAAGUGGCUUGUAGAGAAGGAACAGCACGUCCAUUUUUUAAUUAUCAGUGCCAUAGUAAAGUAACAGCUGAUUUCGUCUUUCUUGGAGCAUGCAGUCUCAUAGCUACCGCAGGUCAUGGUUCCGAAGGACGCAAUGUUGCGCUUUGGGAUACAUUACUACCACAAAAUAAAUCUCUCAUACAAGGUUUUACGUGUCACGAGCAAGGAGCUAGUUCUCUUGUAUUGGCACCACAACAUCAAUUAUUGAUAAGUGGUGGUAAAAAAGGAGAUAUCAAUAUAUUCGAUGUGCGACAAAGACAACAACGUCAUAGAUUCCAAGCACAUGAAUCUGCUAUAAAAUGUUUAGCUUUGGAUCCACAUGAGGAAUUCUUUGUUAGCGGUGCUGGUGAUGGAGAUAUUAAAAUAUGGGGAUUAACCGUCCAUUGUCUUCUACACUCUUUUCCUGCAGAACAUCCUCGAUCUAGUUUUUUCAAAAACAUUGGACAGGGUGUUACACAAUUACACGUAGACUCAGCAGGACGUUUAUUUUCAUGUGGAGCAGAUGGUUCAAUGAAAGUUCGUCAGUUGCCAGAGCGUGACUGCGUUGUUCACACAUUAUAUUAGAAAAUUUACAUUAAAAACUUGUGCUUCACAAAUAGGUAAAACUAUGCAAAAUUUGUUUAUGCUUUAUGAGGAAUAGAGUGGACCAUUAAAGAUAACUGCAUAUGUUAUCUUAUAUUACACACGCGGGCAAUACAUCUCUAUUUGAGUCAGUAACAUAUAUCAUUGCCAAUAUAUUACAUCUCUGUUCAUAUGACCUGAUAUAUGCAAGUGAAUUGGGAAUGCUGUAUCAAAAAUACAGCUAUAUAAAAUAUAUGUAUUAAAAAAUAACAGUCUGAUCUUUAGAGACAUUGUGCUAGUAUUGAGAAAUGAUUUCUUCAGAAAGUUCCAUAAAAAUAUAAUCCCUAAGUAUAAUAUAUAUAUAUACAUAUAUAUAUAUAUGUGUAUAUAUAUAUAUACAUAUAUAUACACAAAUUUAUAAUUUUGCAAUAUACGCACACAUGUUGAUAGUGUGGCACAGUGUUUUAACAAAUUAAUAUGUGUUAUAGAAAAUAGUUCACAAUAUGAAAAAAUAAAAUGUAUUCCAUAUGGAAUCAUAUAGUGUUGCCUAAAACCAAGGUUCUAGAAUCUAAUUACAAGAAAUUAUAAUUUUAGUUAGAUCAGAAGUUAGCUAGUUUUCAGCUUUGUUGUAAUAUCUUUGGUAUUAUUUGCUAUACCUUUAAAACAGUGUAUUUUCGCCAAAGUGUAUAUAUCAUAUGAUAAAACGUAAUUUAUUAUUAACAAUCAUUCCUUUCUCAUAUGAAAGUAAACUUAUUGAUUGAUUGAAUCUGUAAUCUAUACGAAUCACAAUAUUUUAAUGUAAGAUAUAAUUCUGUGGAAAUAGUUUUAUUCAAAAGAGAAGAAUUCUUUUGAAUAACAAAACCUAAGCAAUCAUUUCCUGCAGAAUGUAUAGCUAUCAAGUAUACAAUCAAUUGUACAUUAUUCAUAUGAACAUUGUUUAUAAUUACAUGGAAUGCGCAUUUUCCAAUAUAAAUUUUUUUUCUUUAUUUAGACAAAAUUAAUUGUUGAUGUCUUUCGUCUGUAAUACAUUAUAAAAUGAAAAACUAUUAUUAUAUUCGUUAUAGUAGUGAUUAAGUAGAAAGUAAUUUGUGUAAAAAAAUCUCACAUAAGAGAAUUAAUCUAUUAAAUGAUGGUAAUAAUGGAUGAUAAUAAUGAUGAUGAUAAUGAUGAUGAUGAUGAUAAUGAUAGUGACGAUGGAACAUAAAUUUCCAAGAAACGUGAGACGUGCAACUACAGUUUUGAGUAGAUAAUACUAAAAGUCUUUAAAGGCUGAAAAGUGAAAUAAUCUAAAUAAGUUCAUUGAGAUGAAUGUUAUUUAUUCUCUGGAACGGAAUAUGCAGGUUCCUAUCAUUGAACACUUAACCUAAUUUCAUACACAAUAAGCUGCGUUAAAAAAAGUAAUACAAAUAAAAUCAUUAAACCAAUGUAAAAUUAA